AUCAAUGACAUCUUCCAGUUGAAUAACAAGUGUGAAGUGAAAUCUCUGAUUUCUGAACUUAUUACUCCUUUUGGCGUUUAAUAGCGAGCAUGGGAACCCCGUGAGAAGUCUUUAUUAGCUUUAAUCGGUGAGAAUUUUCCCAACGGCUAAAAGCAUAAAUAAGCCACCAAUUAAUGGGCCUAAACCCAAUUAGGCGGUGGGCCUCACGUGAAUGUCAACACCCAAUAAUUCCCAUCAGCCCACAGUUUUAUAUAUAUUCCUUAUCAACAGCUUCUCAAAUUUUCCUCCUACUAACAAGAAAAUAGCUUCAAGCUAAUGACAUGGAAGCUGUAUGGAGUUUAGAAGACAAAUGGAAGCUCUCAACCAAACAAGCAUUACUCCUCCUCCUCUUCUCCGCCUCCGGCGUCCUUGGUCUCUGUGUUGCAAUGACGGCAAUGCUUCUACGACGUCUAAAGUCGCGGAAAACUACGCCGCCAAGGAAGCAACAUCUGAUUAUUGACAGUGGGGAGGAUUGGCCACCGCCAGAAGAUCCAGCAUGCGGGUGGGUGGCGAUAAAGAGGGUGCUGAUGAGCUCGCUGCGGUGGAGCCGAGCGAGCAAGUGGCGGCCUGGGGAGAGCAGCGCGAUGAUGAGUACUAGUGCAGGGAGCUCAUGGAGCAGAGAGACGCCAUUGCCAUUGCUGAUGGAGAAGGAGAUGAUGAUAAGGCCGGACUUUGAUGAUUAUGACUCGGAAUCGCCUGUGUGGCAGCGGCCGAUACUCAUGGGGGAGAAGUGUGAGCUUCCUAGGUUUAGUGGACUUAUUCUUUAUGAUGAGAAUGGACACCUCCUGUGUGAUGUUGCUCGCAAAGGAAGUUCACACAAAAUUACUACAAACCAGGAAAAAAGUACAGCCACUAAUGUUGUAAGGAAAACUCUGAGAGAUUUGCUGUGAUUGAGGAGUAUUUUUUUUUCUUCUUUCUAGUGACUAGUUUGUGAGAAUUAAGCAAAUGUUUGUGGGGGAGUUUCAGUCGUGGAAUGUGGACCAAAUUUUCUUCUGCAUUAAAAUCCCAAAUAACAUUAAUGCACACAUGAUUUAUAGUUGUCACGUCUGAAGGACCAUAUGUUUUUGUUUCAUGAUUAUUGAUUAUGCCCUAGUUAGGUGAAACCCGUCUAAGGGAUCGACGGGAGAUA